UACGCGCUGCGACAGGUUGUGGUGCUUCUAGCUUUCGCGUCAGUUUUUUUGGCUCUGACUGGUGAAGAAGACACUCCGUUGUCAAGAUGCGCGAACAGCCACUGAAAGAGGUCACACAGCUUAUACAUGCCAUCAAGGUUGGCAUGGUGGAGGGCUCCUACAGCAUAACCAACAAAACCUUGGACAUUUUUAAAUACAUCAUAAUGAGCAAAAGUUGGCAAAAUGCUGACGAGCUUAUGCGAAUUGUGCGUGCCCAGAGCCGCAUAAUGCAGGCAGCAUUGCCGCAAGAGACCGUCACAUCAAACAUUGCGCGCCGCAUACUGAAGCUGACGCGAGAGGAGUUCGAUUUGCUGCACGCCAAGAUUCAGCAUUUUGCUGACGACUCGCAGGCUUCACUUUCGCUACACAAAUUGGUCACGCAGACCAGCGAAAGCAACGUGAGUGUGGAUUAUAGUAAGCCGCAGCAGGGUCUGCGCGAGGCGCUACUUGAUCACCUGCAAGAGGUUGAAACCGAACUGGAAACGAGCUCUGAGAACAUUUGUGUGCAGGCAGAGGAGCACAUCCACUCAUCGGAAAUCAUACUCACGUUGGGUCAUUCGCGGAGCGUGGAGAAUUUUCUGAAGCGCGCCAUCAAAAAGCGUCAAUACCUCACCAUAAUUGUUGCCGAGUGUGCGCCAUCGUGUCGCGGCCACAACUUGGCCACCAAGCUAGCAAAUGAUAAGACUGUGGAUAUCAUUGUUAUACCCGACGCCAGUAUCUUUGCGAUGAUGUCGCGCGUCAACAAGGUGAUCAUUGGCACCCACAGCGUGCUGGCCAACGGUGGCUUACGGGCUGCCUGUGGCGCCUAUACCGUGGCCCUGGCCGCCAAGCACUACUCUGUGCCCGUCAUUGUGCUGGCGCCCAUGUACAAACUGUCGCCGCUGCAUCUGUGCGAGCAGGACGCCUUUAAUAUGGUGGGUUGUGCCGAGGAUGUCAUACCAUAUGAUUCGCUGCCAGCGCGCGAAGCAAAAGUCUACAGUCCCAUGUUCGAUUAUGUGCCGCCCGAGCUGGUCACGCUCUUUAUUUCAAACACCGGCGGUCAUGCGCCCUCCUAUGUCUACCGACUGCUCACCGAGCUCUACCAUCCCGAGGAUCUAGAGAUCUAAGACUUACUCAGGCUUGUGGUUUUCAUAUUUUUUUUAACGUUUAUAUUGGAUUAAAUCCACAACAAAUUCAACGACUACAAAUAAAACGGGUACAUUUUCAAGCUGA